GGUGGUUUUACGGUGGAGGAGGUGGAUUAAGAGCAAUGUAUGAAAAUUUUAAAAAUGAACAUAUUGUUGCUGGAUUAUUUUGCGCCAUUUGUGCUUUGGUUUUAAUUGAACUUAGCUGUAAUGUUAUAAUGUUCCGUAAGGUCUAUUUGCAUUUUAAAACACAUGAAGAUUGGACUUUAUUUCCCCGUCGAAAGAAUAAAUCAAGGAAUGAACAAGCGCGAGUUUAA